AUGCAGGGGACCAUGCGAUUGUGGCUGUCAGUCAUGACGCUCGCUUUGUGCCUGCUGAUCUGUCUGGGAACACCAGCAGAAGCGUAUCCAUCCAAACCGGACAGUCCUGGAGAGGAUGCACCUGCAGAGGAUAUGGCCAGAUACUAUUCGGCUCUGAGGCAUUACAUCAACCUCAUCACACGGCAGAGGUAUGGAAAACGAUCCAGCCCAGAGACACUGAUUUCGGAUCUCUUGUUGCGGGAAAGCGCAGAAAAUAUUCCUAGAUCUAGGUUUGAAGAUCCUGCAAUGUGGUGAUGGAAACCACCAUCCAUCUUCAGUCUUUUUCCUAGUUUUCAGUCCAUCACUCAUUGAUAGAAGACCAGUCAGAGAUUCAGCUCCCCGUGCAUGCAGCCAUCGUACUGAAUUCUGUAGAGUUUUUCCUUCAUUAUUCUUGUACAUAUGUUUAUUUAAAUAAAUUACUUGUGCACUCUAAAUGGUAACAUAUUAAAUGAAAGGGGGGAAAGGCCACCAACAAUAAUAGGUAAAGACUUGUUUUAUGCUAUAUUCAAAUUCGGUUUCAAUCUCCUUAUAGGCAAAAGUAGCAUGAACAUAACACCUACUCUUAAUGGUUGUUCAAAGUGGCACCUAUUUAACAUUUUAUUUGACCCUUGGGUUCACUUUUAAUAUUUGAUUUUUAGAAAGUUAUUUGUUUCAUGACAAUUAUUGCCCAUGAAAAAAAUAAAAUGAUGUGGAAAGUGCAUAUUUU